AUGACAGCCCUUAAGGACUAUGGCAAACGCCUUGUCAUCACUAUUGUGGAUGAAAUGGCCCGUGACGAUCCCGAGCGGGUUGUGUACUCGAUCGCAAUUUCGCAUGAUAUUUCCAAGGGACUCUGGGAUAUCAGCGCUCGUGACUUCGCAAACGCAAUCAACAGGACUGCCUGGUGGCUCGAGUCCGAACUGGGGAAGGGCUCGCUAUUCCCAACGGUCGGUUACAUUGGCCCUCAUAAUGAUUUUCGGUACAUAUUGCUUCUUUUUGCUUGCAUCAAGGCGGGAUAUAAGGCGCUUUUGCCGUCUCCACGCAAUAGUGUCGAGGCUACUGUGGCUGUUUUGAACGCGUCCAAAUGUGACAUAUGGGUUUCUCCAGAACAACAGCCCGAGAUGCUGCCUCAGCUCCUAUCCCAUCGCCCAAUGAAAUUAAUCAAUAUCCCCAAAACCGAUGAACUCCUGAGCACGGAGUCAGUCCCAGACUAUCAAUACAACAAGUCUUUCCAGGAGGCAUCCAGCGACCCCUUUUGUGUGUUGCAUACCUCCGGGUCGACCGGCCUUCCCAAGCCCAUCGUUUGGGAAAAUUCCCUUCUCGGCACGUUGGAUGCCACGCGCCUUUUGCCAGAAAUUGAUGGGCGCCCUCCUUGGACUGUCAUCUUCGACGAAGGCGAUCGGUUCUACUCGGCAUUUCCCCUAUAUCAUGGAGCCGGAUUGAUCAUGAAUGUCUUAAUUAUGGCUUUCUAUGGCACAAGCAAUGUUAUUGGCCCCAUGGGGGUUCUCUCAACAGUCAACCUCAUUGAUUCCCUUGUCGAUCACACAAAUAUCAAAGUCUGGAGCAUAAUUCCUUCCAUAGUGGAUGAGAUUGGCGAAACACCUAGCAUCUCUAGCAAAUUUGCAAGCGCCAAAAUCAUAAUUGUAUCUGGCGGCCCAGUCACAUAUGCCAGCACCAACAAAGCGACCAAGGAUGUUAGGAUACUCAAUAUCACCGGUACUUCUGAGGGCCUUUUCCAAGGAAGUCUCCUCGUGGAGCGUGAGGACUGGAUAUACUUCUCUUUCCACCCUUAUGCCGGAUUCGACUUCAGAAGGAUCGAUGAGGGUAUCCAUGAGCAUUGGGCGGUUCGCAGCGAGGAACACGUGGCCCUUCACCAGGGCAUUUUCCAUACAUUUCCGGCUAUUAAGGAAUUGACUUUCAGGGACCUGUACGCACCACAUCCCACAAAGCCAAAUUUAUGGAUAUAUAGAGGGAGAACGGACGAUAUGCUCGUCUUGUCGAAUGGGGAGAAGGUUCACCCCGUGGCUAUGGAAGCGAUCAUCAAUAGCCAUCCAGCAGUCAGCUCUUCUCUCGUGGUUGGAACGGGCUACACAAUGACCUCGCUUCUUGUUGAAUUGGUAAUUCCCGAGCCACCUUCCAUAGUAGAGCGUGAAGCGAUCUUGGAUAGCAUCAUGGAGAAAGUCCAUACUGCAAACACUGUUGGAUCCAAGCAGGCACGCCUAUUUCGAGAGUACAUCUGGUUUGCGAAGCCUGGCAAGCCAUUCGUCCGAACCGACAAAAACACUGUCAAGCGCCGCGACACGGUAGCCCUUUACAAGGAAGAAAUCGAGCAAUUUUAUAAGAGCAUGGAAGAAAACGGCAACCUUGCUGCGAACGUUGACGUCGCUUCCCUCGCCACAAUUUCCAAAAGCGUCCACCAUCUUCUCGCAACUGCUUUACCUGUGACCAAGGAAAUUGGUCCAGAUAUCGAUCUCCUCACUGUCGGUGUCGACUCCCUUGUGGCUUUCAGUAUCUCCAACUCCCUUCGCUCAGCUCUUGGGAAGCAUAAUGUCAGCGAAGAGAGGAAACUAACCCUAACCCCCAGAUUUGUGUAUACUCAUCCAACUAUCAAUGCACUCACGAAGGCGCUAUACAAUCUGGUUUACAACAAUAUGAGUUGCAGGACAGAGACUUCCGUCGACCUACAAAGAAAUACCAUGAACAGAUUACGUGCUAAUUAUACCGCCGGCUUGGGGGAUGGCCACACGGUCAUUCUCACAGGGAGUACUGGUUCUCUGGGGUCUUACUUGCUUGAGUCGCUCGUGCACCAACAGCAGAGCGUAAAGAGAAUCUACUGUCUCAACCGGACAGAAGAUGGCAAGGCAAAACAGAAGGCAGCAAGUGAAUUCCGAGGACUGACUACAGAUUGGCCACCACAGAGGGUCGAGUUCAUACAGGUCGAUAUCUCGAAACCAAACUUUGGACUUGCACGGGAGAUUUACAACACUCUCCUUGAGCAGACAACGCACAUCAUUCACAACCAGUGGCCGGUGAAUUAUAAUUGGGACAUCGACUCCUUUGAACCUCACAUCCGUGGAGUCCGACACAUGAUUGAUUUCUCGCGUAGCAGUAACCACAACGCAUCCCUGUUCUUCGUUUCGAGCGUCGCUACUGUCAGUCACUUGAGGCCGGAUGGUGCCGUUCCCGAGAAAUCAAACUAUACCCUAACCACCAAGAUUAACGGCUACGGUUCUGCGAAGCAUGUGUCCGAGCUCAUCCUCAACGAUGCUGUGGCAUUGUCCGGCAUGAAUGCCUCCGUCUGUCGGGUUGGACAGAUUGCCGGACCUGUGUUACGCGGACCGGAGAAGGGGAUGUGGGGGAAGCAUGAGUGGGUGCCGACGUUAAUUGCAAGUUCCAAGUACCUCGGCAUCCUACCCUCAACGCUAGGAUCGAUGAGCCGAGUGGAUUGGAUCCCGGUAGACCUACUCGCCGACAUCCUCGUCGAGCUAGCCGGUAUAGCUGCAGAUGGAAUAAAUGGCUCUAUUGGUAUUAACGGCACUGGUGUGGCCAGCAAGGGCACGGCCAAUGGUUCUUUAGCCACCGCACACACGUUGCCUGUGUACCAUGCUGUUAAUCCCAAUGUCGUCGACUGGGCGAGCCUAGUCCCAACGGUGGCAAGGCACCUCGGUCGAUCCGUCAAGAUUGUCCCAUGGGCUGAGUGGAUGGACGCUUUACGAAAAUCCAGAGGCAGCGCCACGACAGCGCUGAGCUUGAAGCAGAACCCGGCACUGAAAUUGUUCGACUUCUUCGAUUCGGUGGCCAAGGCAGCCGAGAAGGGUGAGGAAUGGCCUUCUCUCGAAACACAAGAGACACUGAAAAAGAGCCCGAGAAUGGCCGAGAUCAAGCCAGUUUCUGAGGAAUGGAUGGAGUUGUGGUUGGAGCAGUGGAAGUUCUAG